UGAGCGAAACGAGCCGUUUAUGGAGUUAAGGUCAAGAAGUUUUGGGGAAAACGACAAACGGAGGUUUAAUACGAACAACCUCUGAGAGGAGAAAGGAAGAGUUUAAGGAAACAUUUAGUGUUUGAGCUUUUUAACGUUUCCAUCCAAUAAUACUCCCAGCUAAGGAUGAGAAGAUGAGGUCGGCCAACAGUCAGCAGGAAGAUCUGAUUGUGACAAGGAGUCAGUCAUCGGAUGCUCAGUGGAUCAAUAACCUGAUCGGAUCCGAAGCUCAGGCUGUGUUUGGGAGGAUCAAUGUUAUCAAUCUGCUAGAGAAGGCCAACCUGGCUGUGACUGUGUCCAACACGAAGGAAGACGUCCUGGCUCACGCCUCGUUCUUUGACCAUCCUGCUGUAGAUGUAGUGGAGCGAGAUAACUGGGAAGCAUUCCUGCACACACACUUCAGUGCUAAUAAAUGCACACCGGUGAACACACUCUUCCUGCAUCUGUUUGUGUCUGAGCCCGGAGUGGCUGCAGCCAGCCUGGACGAGAUAAUAAGGACCGUCUUCAGGAUCACAGUUGAACUUGAACAAAUCCUCCUGCUCUGCCCAAACGCCUGUGCUUUAGAACCGGCUCUGGAGGAGAUCUUUGAGCCUCUGCAGUGUGUGACCGACACCAGACCUCCGUGUUCAGCUUUUAUCUGCAGCAGAGAGGAUCAUUGUGAGCGGCUGCAUGUGCGCAGAGCCAGUGUUGCAGAUUAUGAUGACAUUAUGUUGAUCGUCCAACAGCAGAAUCUGAAGACAUCUGUCUCCCUGCAGCCAUACGGCCUGAUAGAAAUUAUAGAGAACCCAAGUUAUCACGCAGCCGUUUUUGAGGAUGAUGGACGCAUCGUUGGUUUCAUCGCUGUGACGUUUGAUCUUCAUGUGGAGGAUCUUGAGGAAAACUUUGACCUAAGUGAGUUUGAUGGUUUCUACAAAGAGCAACAGCUGAAGGGAGAAGUUCCAGGUGGAGAAGAAGAACGGGAAGUAACCCAGGAACAGCACCUGCCGACUCAUCAGACUUCGAUGAGAUCAAACUGUUUCUGCACUGAACACUUUGUAGCUGAGAAGGAUUAUCAAACGAGAUCAACUGACUGUAUCCCAUAUCUGUUCCAGCUUUUCCCUGACCUGGAAUACUGUAUAAACAUCCUUCCAUCUGCAAGUCCAGAACUUCCCUGGUUGCAGAACUUUGUCCUUGUGCCACUCCGUCCCAGCAGCUUGCUACUCACCAGUCUGUACAUCCUCCACAGGUCCAUAGGAAGGAGUGUGGAGGUGAGGCAAUCUGUUCCUGCAGACCGACAGGCUGUUUCUGAUCUGCUGAAGAGUUUGAAUCUUACUGGUUUGGUUCUGGAGGACCUGGACUCUUUCUACAGGACCCGCAGUGACCCGGAUGCAGUCCCUCUGCAGGCCUUUGUUGCUCAGGUGGACGGUCAGGUGGUGGGGAUAAUGAUCAUCAGAGACGAGCAGGACAUUGAGUUCCUUCGUGCACACUACAACAUUGACAGCUUCAUCUGUCUCAGCCGUCAUGGCUACGAGGAGCACGCUCACAUUCGCCACUUCGUCCUAAAACCUUGCUUCUAUCAUGUCACCAAACACUGGUUUAAGGAGGUUCUGCGGCUGGCGCACAAGUCCUGCCUGUACCACCGGAUCUACCCGCCUCUGCUCAGAGAGCAGACCUCCUGCGUGCACCCUCUGGAGUUCAUCCUGAACUGUUCGGUCCCGGUCCGGCCUCGGCAGCAGAUCAUCUACCCGCUGGAGGAGCUUGGCAUCAACGCCCCGUCCCAGCGAAUCACAAAGGACCAGGCACCGUUUGCUCUCAGCCUCAUCAGUAGGAGGUUAACCAUGGAACCAAAGGUCAGGAGUAAUGCCAGCAUCGUGGUGGUGGGGGCUUCAGACACAGGCCUGUCGCUCCUGGAGGUGCUGUGUUUCUGCCCUCACCUGAGGCUCAACAACCUCACCCUCAUUUCAACGCACGGUUUCCCUGGAAACUACGACCAUCAGCAAGUUGGAUUCCUGUCCACAAGCCAUGCCUUCACCAGCAGAGGCCUGGCCCAGACCCACCUGAUCUCCUGCAUCCGUGUGCUGAAAGGAAAGAUUGUGAGGAUUAACAGGAAGUCCAAAUACGUCCUGGUGUCUGAUGGAAAGAAGGUCCCAUACGACUACCUGAUCCUCUGCACAGGCCUUCAGUAUCAAGUACCUUGUCCCACCGGUGUGGAUGUUACCCAGCCAGUCAAUAACAGUGACCUGGCUUCUGAUGUCUCUGAGCGAAAAUACAUGGGACCCGUCCCCUCCAACCUCUUCACCAUCAACGACCUCCAUGAUGGCUUGGCUGCCCGCCGAUGGCUCUGUGACAACUUCAUGAAUCUGCAGGACAACGCCAUGGUUUAUGGAAACGGCCUGGAUGUCUACAUCACCGUACAGACUCUCCUCAGUCUCGGUAUCCGUGGAUCCCGCAUCCAUCUGAUCCUCCCUCCCUCAGAGCACGCCGUGUCCUGCUUCCCAGACCCCGCAGUGGAGAAAGCUGUGGAGGCAGCCAUGAGGAACGCUGAGGUUCAGGUCCACCAGAACUGCCUUCUGGCUCAGAUAAAUGAUGGAGAGCAGCCUGACCCGAUCACCUCCGUAUCUUUCACCAGUGACUCCGAGCCUCUCCAUCUACACUGUGGAGUGUUCAUCAACCUUUCCAAUGAAGAAGUGGACUACGACAUCUUCCACAGCAUCAGAAGGUGCUUCCUGCCGUUUGAUGGCAGACUCGUAAUAAACACCCAAUUCCUCACCAGCGACGCCUCCAUUUUCGCUGCCGGGCCCCUCACCAAGUUCUCCUGCAGAUACUCAUCAGACGAAUGGACGCAUGCUAACUUCAACUCCAAGGAGGUGGGCCAGGAGUUGGCGGCCGUGCUGCUGUCCUUCCUUGAUCUGACCCAGGAGGCGUCGAAGAAUCCUCCAUCUGAUCUUCUUACCCCAGUUUACAGACAACCCAAGAUCCAAGGAGGGAUGCUUCCUGGUGGACAUAACUACCUGCAUGUGACCAAAGCGUCUCCCACCAUCCUGACGGGUCUGCGUGUCCAACCUGAUGGAGGGAUUGUGACAGGACGAGUCGAGACUGGGAACUACUUCUCUCUCCAUCUGAGCCAUCUGGAGAUGGUGGAGACCCUAACCUGUCUGUCCCUGAAGCCCCUCCCCGUCUCCAAUUAUCUGAAUCUUUUUGGGAAGCACCAGGAGCUGCUGGGCCAGCUGCUGGGCCGCUACCACCAGGGUCUGGUCCAGGACCUGUACAGCAGGUGACCUGCUUCUGAGACUUCAGCACAAAUGACCUCCAGACACGCUCGCCUAUUGUCCCCCGCCUCCUAAUCUGUUGAUGCAGCUCCUCAAUCUGUCUGUGGCACCACUUCAGGACGGGACAAAGCCACGUCUCGGUCGCUCAGCUGACUCCUGAAGUCACUGAGGAGACCGUUACAGCUGAUCAGGGACAGAGGAGGCUGUUGGUGCUUGGCUUAUCAUGAUACUAGACCUACUAACUCCAUACUGAGACAAUACUGGUAUCAAUACUGCAGAUAAUUCAGGGUUCCUUCCAACAGAGAACAAUAACAGCAAGAAAAUAUUUUUAUUGUUUUAAUUAGGACAAACCAAGAAGAAGGAUCUUCUGCUCUUAUUUGGAAAAACUAACCCUAAAAACAACAGACAAGACGACCCUCAGAAUGUGAGUUUUAGUUGCAGUUCCUCUGCAUUCAGAGAGAAAGCCUCACGGCCCAACUUCAAACUCCUGUCCUACAGCCCAGCCCGUCCACCUUCCUAACUACGACUGUUGGGUCUGGUUCUGACCUCACCUUAACAAGAACUGUGGUUGACAGGAAUGAAACCUGGUUCUA